GCACAUCCACGCGAGUCCUAUAUAUAAUAGCAUUAGGCUAUAGCCUAAUACAUGUAGUACAGUUUACAGUAUUGCAUCACAUUCAUUUGCUAGUAGUAUGGCCAGUAUGGCGCCAACAAAGCGACCUCGCAGUCGUGUUGCCUUGCAGGCUCGUGAAAAACGUGAAAUUUGCGAAUUUUCUCAAAAAUAUCCCAUGAAGUCGCAACAAGCAAUUGCCGAUCAUUUCACUGCUCUGUGGGGUAGAGAAAUAAAAAGACGAACUGUCGGAGAUAUCCUACAGGCAUCUGACAAGUGGCUUGCCAAGAUGUCUACAUCAACGCUCAGCUCAAAAAGAUUGAGACCUGCUAAACACGCGGACAUGGAAAAAGCCCUAUUGUUGUGGUUCACGGCAGCCAGGGCAAAAAAUAUCCCUGUUACGCAGGAUAUUUUACGGAAGAAAGCAAUGUAUUUUGGAGAACAACUUAACAUUGGUGAUGAUUUUACUUAUUCUAAUGGUUGGAUCAGUCGAUGUAAGAACCGUUUUGGAAUAUCUAGUCGUAAAAUUUGCGGUGAGAGUGCUGGUGUGGAUGCAGAUGUGAUUAAAACGGGAAUAGAGAAAGCUAAAGACGUGAUUAAAAACUAUUCUCCACGGAACGUCUUUAACAUGGAUGAAACUGGGUUAUAUUUUGCAAUGAUACCAGACAGAUCACUGACAACGCGCCAGAAUGGGACCAAAAAACUGAAAAGUAGAAUAUCCUUAGCUCUAUGUGUCAAUGCUGAUGGCAGUGAAAAGUGUCGUCUUUUUGUAAUCGGAAAAAGCAAACAACCCCAUUGCUUUAAAAACUUUAAAGUGAGUUUGUACUGUGACUACGUCGCCAACAAAAAUGUCCGGAUGACAGGAUUAUUGUUCCAUGAUUGGCUCGAAGCCUUCAAUACUAAAAUGAAGGAUCAAAGCCGUAAAGUACUGCUGCUACUAGAUAAUGCACAUUCUCAUAUCGCACCUGAAAAUGAGUUAAGCGAAAUUAAUAUGAGCAAUGUAAAGAUGCACUUUUUGCCACCAAACACAACGUCGCAUAUACAGCCUAUGGAUGCUGGCGUCAUUCAAGACAUGAAGAGCCAUUAUCGUCACAUGCAAGUACAGCAUCUCAUUGACGAUAUUGACAGUAAUCGUCCUCCGAAAAUUCAACUUAAUGAUGCAAUCAGAUACGCUAAAGCCGCAUGGGAUCGAGUGUCACGCGACACAAUUAAGAACUGUUAUAAACACUCAAAACUCUUGCCAGAUGAUUUCUAUGAAACACCGUCACAGGCCUCGGUGCCAACUGCAGAAAAUCAGGACGGCGGAUGUGACAUUUUUGACAGUUUAGCUGACCUACAACCUACUGUCAGCGAUGUUCCAACUCCGUCGACAUCACACUCAGAUACCAUCAAACGAAAUUUAUUUCAACGAUUAGCGACCGAAUUCAACAUUGAUCUGAGCAUGCUGAUGACAGAGAGCGAGUUUGUUAAUGUUGACAGUGAACUAGCUUCUACCGCGAAUCUCGAAGAUAACGAAAUUAUUGACAUGGUCGAGUGGGACAGAAAUUCGGCCAACGAUGAUGAUGAUGAUGAUGAUGAUGAUGAUGAUGAUGGAAAUGACGAUGAACUGGUAGAGAUUCCGCCCCCAUCAUCAUUUGAUGCUCGGAGGUCAAUUCAGACUGUGUUGCGAUAUUUUGAGUCGAACGCGUAUUCUACUGAACGUGACAUUUCUACAGUGUCCCUGCUACGAUCUCGCAUGGAUUCACUCAUUUCGGAAGGUUCUAAACAGACAUCAAUUACAGACAUUAAGAAAGAGAAAGUUUGAACCCCGGACUAUCAAUGUACUGUACGCAAAUUUAAAUAUGUUACAGGUACAGCAUGUGUUUACUCCCUCUCAACCGCUGUUACAGAACUUGGAGAAUCGAAAUGGAGCCUCAUUGGAUCGAAAAACUUUUCCCACCAAGCCUCACAACAGCAGAUGAUCUAUUCAAGAAGGACAAAGG